AAUUUCUAAUUAAGAUGACCAUUGUGAACCGCCGCCGCCACCUCCUUUGCCUGGUGGUAUGACAAUAUACAAAGAUAACAACACCUCGAACUCGAUGUUUCUUCCCGGGUCAAGAGUAAUUUAUACUUGUCCAAGAGGGUAUGGUUUGGAUGGUAUACCGUAUCGCAUUUGCUCCAGAAAUCUUACCUGGGAACCUGUUACUAAACUGCACAAAUGCAAAGCCAAGUUGCCCGUUUGUCCAUUUCCUAAACCGCCAAAGAAUGGACAAGUUGUAAACGUGACGUCGUUCGGAAAGGGAAGAACUGCUUCUUUUGCAUGUAACACUGGAUUCACGUAUCGUGGACACAUGUCGCGGACUUGUGCAACCGAUGAGUUGAACAACACGUUUUGGGACGGACAAGAAGGUUCCUGUGAAAGCUUUUGCAAAACUUGUGGCACUAGUGUUGCUCUCAAAUGUAGAAAUCAACACAAUGGCGUGUGUCGUUCGGAAACAGGUGCGUGGCCUUGGAUGGUUGCCAUUUACAGGCUGCAUCGAGGCAAUUUCGUGUUUCACUGCGGAGGCGCGGUGAUUAGCGAAUGUAUGAUUUUGACUGCAGCUCACUGCCUCUUUGGUCGCAACAUUACUGAACUCUUAGUUGUUGUCGGAGACACGCAGCGGUUUGUAAAAGAAUUUAGCGAGAAAACAUACACAAUUAAACAAGUUUUCAUACAUCAGGAAUAUGAUCCAGUCUCUUUUAAUCGAAACAUCGCUCUGAUAAUGUUGCAUUGCAAAGUCACAUGCUCUCCAUACGUACGAAAAGUUUGUUUGCCAACUCCUCAGGACAAUAUCUACUACCGUCCGGGGACCGAGUGUAUAGUAGCAGGAUGGGGAGCCACAGAAAGAAGAGAACUAGGUGGAAAUUCAAGUGCAAAAUCGACAGCCAUGAAAGAACUUCAUCUUCCCAUUGCAGACAAAACUAUUUGCAUAAACAGUACCUCGCCUCAAUUUCAAAUUGAUGUCACAAAUUAUACAGUUUGCGCGGGAGACGGUACUGGCAACAACAACGUUUGUGAUGGUGAUUCAGGAAGUCCUCUCUUUUGUAGACUUAAUAAGAAAAAGGAGAUCGACGAUGGCAGUUACGUUGUCAUAGGAAUAGUCAGUUGGGGAGAAGGAUGUGGUCAGCCCAGAAAGUACGACAUAUUUACACACUUGCUGAAUCUGAUGGAUUGGGUCAAAGAUGUGAUGAGUAUAAAUGAAUGUCCGUUAGCCCCCGACGGCGCAAAAGAGGAAGACUUGUGCCCUAAACCUCCAAACAAACUGUUCUGAUUCUAGUGCAUCGCUACAAUGGCCGACAUAAUGUCGGACGCUUUUGUGAUUAGUAUAAAGUAGACGUAAAAUUAGUCUGCAGUUUGCUUAUGCAGGUUUGUCAGUUUCUUCAGCAGUUAA